UCCUGACCCAUUGAUUAUGCCAUCAGCAAAUGCUUUGCGUGUUUUAAAAUCACGAAGGUAACAUCUAAUAAAAGACAUAAUGAUACACUAACUUCUUUAGCAAUGAUGAAAACUGAAAUCAAUUUUAAUAAUAUUUUAAAAGACAUGUGUAGUUGUCCUUUUUUCAUACCCUACCAUAGUCCAGAACUACUUCAUAUAUAUAGAAACUAUUGUAAAACUGUACAACAUCCGAGGAUAAAUAUUGAUGCUACAGGAUCAGUUGUCAAAAAAUUUAUUAAAUUUAGAUUGGAAAAAACACACUCAAUAUUUUUAUAUAAAGCAUUAGUUUAUCAUGCUAAUAAAUGCCAUAGUUUUACUGUCACUAAUAUGAUUAGUGAAAGUCAUACAACAUUAUCAAUACUUAAUUGGUUAGGAAAAUUAAUUUGCUGUGAUAUUGUUUCUCCAAGAGAAUUUGUUUGUGACCAAUCAUUAGCGCUUCUCUCUGCCGCUGUACAAUGUUUCACAUAAUUUUCAUCACUCAAGGACUUUAUUCAAGUUUGCUCAGAUUUAGUUAUGGGAACUAUACCAUGCGAUUCGUAUUGGUUGCAAAGAUGUUUUAUUCGUACUAAUGUGGCUCAUUUUAUAAAAUUAGUAUUCAAAUGGGCUCCGUUAAAAUUAUUACCAAAAAGAGUACGUGAAAUUAUUAUACAAUCUAUUGGAUUGAUAUUGAAAGUUAAUCAUUACAAGAAAUUCGAAAAAUCUUAUUAUCUUUAUUUAUAGUAAUCAAUAAUGAAACCAAUGGAGAAGAUAUAGAAACAGGAUGUAUGACACCGUGUGAAAACGAAAAAAAAACUAAUUCAAGCAGUUUCAACGGGUUUUGUGGAUUUUGAAUUGCGAUUUAAUGAAAUAACAAAUUUAGAAGAGUCAGAAAAUGAAGAUUGUUUACUAUUAGCUUAUGAAUAUGAAAAAAAGAAUGAAGGUUAGAGGGAGCUCAUAAAUGUAUAAAAUGUGGUAUAUCUGUACGUGCUCUUCCAUCUUUUUCUGGGAAAAAAUCAGAUGAUGAAACUUUAAGAAUUUGUAAAUUUUUAGAAACUAAAAAUUCAUACUUGAAUGAUGAAACCACAUCUCAUGAAACAUGGAAUAGGAAGAGUAAAAGACAAAAACAAAAGUCAUACUUAACACCAAAUCCAUUUUUGCGCCAUGUAAAAAUAAUGUUUCUAGAGCUGAGGAACUUAAAUGCUGCAAUAUUAAAGAUAUAGGGAAAAUAAUAUUUAGUAAUACAUGUGCCUUUAACACGUUGGCGUUCAUAUUUAUGGUAUCGUACUGUGAUAGUGAACAUUAUAAAAACUGUAUCGAUGGACUUAAUUGUAUACAUCCGUUUUUAAAAUUUGUUUCGAAUAUUGUUAAAAAUGGCAUAACUGCUUCUACUUACACAGAAAGAACUAGAAUAAUAUUAAGUAUACUAGAACCUGAACUACAACCACUCGAGUAUAAUACUUCACUAGCUAUUUGUAAUACAAAAGCAGGACUAGUGAUUACAAAAAUGAAUAUAAAAACACUAACUGUAGUUGAAGAUAUUACUUAUUCGGAUCCGAAUUGUGAAAGAAAUACAAGCCGUCCAGUAGCAUUUUUGACAUUCCAGACAUCAGAUGGAAGCUUAAAUGGCUUACAAAAAUUUUUAAAUCACCGAUUAUCCACUGAGACGUCUGUUUGUGAUUACAUCUCUUCAAAUACAUUACUUUGUAGUAAUACAAAAACAAUAAUUUCAAAAUUAUCACCAAUUCACAUUUUCAUAGAAGUUUUAUAUUGGAAUAAUGAUGAAACUAGCUGUAGUACUGAGGCUGGCCGUGCUAUAGAAGUACACAUUUGUGAUGUAUCCAAGGUUCUACUACACAAUGGCAGUGUACAUAUGAACUAAUAGGUGUUGUAAAUUACCGCAGUGGAAAUACAAGUACAAAGCCAUCAAUUGGAUAUUAUAAUGCAUAUUGCAAACGCAGUGAAAUAAUAUGGGAAAUUAUGGAUGAUCUAAAACUUAAACCAACCCCAACAAAAGAAAAUUCAAAAGUUAAUUGUGAAUACUUAAUAUAUACAGUGUAAUACGUAU